UAUUGAAGAGAUUUUUAAAACAUUUUCAACAUAUGUGUGUUUUAGAUAUCUAAAAACACAGGAUAAAGCAUUUGGACUGCUUUAACACUAUAUUCUCCUAUACACAUUCUUACAAAAAUACAUUUAUACGCUCCUAGGGUGUGAGUUUUUGUGAAUGCAGAAGUGUGCUGGAAAGAUGUGGGGCUGUAUAACAGAUUUUUUUACCUAUGAGACAACCAAGUCCGUGGUGGUUAAGAGCUGGACCAUCGGCAUCAUCAACCGUGUUGUCCAACUCCUCAUCAUCACAUACUUCAUUGGUUGGGUGUUUUUGACCGAGAAAGCAUAUCAAGUGAGAGACACAGCCAUUGAAUCAUCAGUGAUGACUAAAGUCAAAGGUUUUGGAGAGUAUAACAACCGGAUAAUGGAUGUAGCCGAUUAUGUCACACCUACUCAAGGGGCGUCAGUGUUCUGCAUCAUCACUAAGCUCAUCACAACAGAGAACCAAGUACAGGGAAACUGUCCCGAGAGUGAGAUGAAAUUCAAAUGUGAUGAUGACAAUGCAUGUAAGAAGCAUUUGUCAAAACCUUCUAGCAAUGGAUUGCCGACAGGCCGAUGUGUGAACUUCAACAUAACACACAAAACCUGUGAGAUCAGAGGAUGGUGUCCAGCAGAGAUUGAUGACGUUCAACCAAACCCCAUGAUGGAGGUGGAGAACUUCACCAUCUUCAUUAAAAACAGCAUUCGCUUUCCCCGUUUUAACUUCACAAAGGGAAACUUCUUGCCCAACAUCAACAGUAGUUACAUAAAGAAAUGUAACUUUGACUUUGAGAGUAACAUGUAUUGUCCCAUAUUUAAAGUGGGGGACGUGAUCCGGUUUGCACAGCAAGACUUCACCACUCUUGCUAAAAAAGGGGGAGUGAUAGGGAUAAAAAUAGCAUGGGUGUGUGAUUUAGAUAAAGCAGACGAUGAGUGUAAGCCUGCCUACUCCUUCACUCGUCUGGACGCCAUGUCAGAGAAAACCUCUGUGUCUCCAGGAUACAACUUCAGGUAUGCAAAAUAUUUUAAAAUGGAGAACGGAACGGAGUAUCGCACACUGCUGAAAGCCUAUGCCAUCAGAUUCGAUGUGCUGGUAAAUGGAGAUGCAGGAAAAUUUGAUAUGAUCCCAACUUUAAUCAACAUGGUUGCUGCCUUCACCUCUGUGGGUGUGGGAACCGUCCUUUGUGACAUCAUUCUGCUGAACUUCUUGAAAGGAGCUGACCAGUACAAAGCUAAGAAAUUUGAAGAGGUAUCAGAUUCACAUAUUCAGAGCAGUAAUUCAUUAUACAGGACCAGAGAACAGAGCCAGGAGUCAGACAAACCUGAAGAGAAGUUCUCGAAUGACUCUGGAGCGUAUUCCCUUGGACGAUAUUAAUAGUGGCUGAUCGAAGCACUUGGGGGAGGAUUCCAAAAUCAUUCUGCUUUACUCAUUGCAUUUCGUAAUCUUUCUCAUUAUUCACAAAACAUAGAACCUUCCACCUAGAAGUCUAUGCAAACUAUUUAGAUAUUUUUUUAUAUCUACUUCCAUAGGUUACUGCUUACAGCAACCAAAUUUACUAUAACUAUAAAUAAUAUUUUAAUAAUAACCAUGGCCCCAACAUUUUUGUUAGGAAUGUUCACUAAAAAACUCCCUCAAACACCCAUGUAAAUCACAAAACUGUCAGAACCUGUGCAAUAUAUAUCAUGUGCUUGACUGACAAAUCAAAUACAGUAUAUUACUUAUUUUGUAAAUAAUAGCAUUAGGUAAAUAAUCGGUAACACUUUUCUUUAACUGUCCACAAUAAUGCAGUAAUUAAGGAUGAAUAAGACAUUAAUUAAUAAUUAGUAGAAUGUAGAGUAAGGCUAACUUAGCCAUAUUAUACAACUUAUUGAAUGUCUUAUUUUUGUGUAGAAAGUAAUGUAAUUAAUGUACAUCAAUUUCAAGUUUACUAAACAGUAUUAACCCUGUAAAGCCUGACUUAUGAUAAAUUGUCAGAAAAUUCAAUUUUUUUUAACAUUUAUCUGUUUUUAUUACCAUUAGAAAAAGAAAUCUUAAAAAGCUAAAUGUACAUGUUUUUUUUUUUAUGUAUCAUAUUUGAUACGUUAGGUGUUAAAGGUCAAUAUCCUCCUGAGGUCCAGCAAUUCAUUUUUGUGUUGGACAUUUGAUAUUUAAGUUUUUCUUAGCCCAUACAUGCUACAGUGGAAAACCUUUAUCAGAGGACUCCCUGGGCUUUUCAGAAAUACCAAAUGUUUGAGAGUUUGGCCAUGACAAAUUCCUCUCCUUGGUCUGUAAAUAUGGAUUGAAAUGUAAAAAAUUUUAUCAUAUGUAUUUUAUGCACCAAACACUAUAUUGACAUUUAAACUUUUUUUGCUGGGUCUCAGGAACUUUUGGUGAGAUGACAUCAUAUUAGCUUGUAAUGUAAAAUAAUGAGAUCUUUAAAAUGACAGAGCAGGCUGUAUAUAUGAAAACUCACAGAAUUUUUAGUUCACACUUUAAAUAUAUCUUAUAAAAAGUAUGUCAGAAUUUUCAAACCUCUGUGAUUUUUGUUUUUGUGGUGGGCAUGAAUGUAAUGUAAUGGUGAUUGAAAGAUAUACCUCAAAAGCCUGUUGUAUUAUAUUUGAUACAUGGAUUUCAACAUGCAUUUUCAAUAAAAUAAUGUACAAAAUUUGAACCAAGCACAAGUUGCUUAUAUUCAGCAAAUACGAAUUUUACAAUAUCAGUAGCAAUAUAAUCAUUACUGUUAAUUUACUUUAUUAAAAUCAGCAAAGAUUACACAUAAAUAAUAAUAAAUUAAAAAAUACAGGGCAUGCAAUACAAAAGCGGACAUAUUUGGAAAAUUUAAAAAAAUAUUUCUCCAUCAUGAAAUGCCCGGAAACAUCCACCAGGUGGCAGCAGACAUCUAGUACAUUGCAGACAACAGGAUUUCCGGCAAACUUUUGAUUAUGUUAAUGAUGCACAGGCUUUAGAAAAUAGCUUAUCAAAUUUGAUACAGGUGGCGUUAUAGGGUUAAGUCAGUAAUUAAGGCUAAUUAUUGGCUUUUCAAAUCUGUUUCUAAUAAAUUACUAAAAUUGUCCUUUUUUUCUUUUUUUCCCACAUAUUUUAAUUACAAUCAAAUUGAACUUUUUUUGUUUUGUUUACAACAAAUACUGUAAAUACCUAAUAAAUGUGUAAUAAAUGUACCUAAUAAAUUAGUUAGUUAGUAGUAGUUUAUUAACAUAGUUCAUUAGUAACAAUUAAGUAAAACCAGUACUAAUAAUUACUGUCUUAAUAUAGUUCAAUAAACUUAAAAUACCACAAAAUAAGUGCAAAGAAAUCCAAUAACUUGAGUAUGUACAAAUUUUAAUAAAGAACAGGGUGUCAAGUUGUCUUUAAUACAAAAUUAUAGCAAUUUAUUAGUAAAAACAAUACUAAUUAGUUAUAAUUACUGUCUCAAUAUAUUUAAAUAUAAUGCAAAAACAAACCAAGAAGUUGAAUAGGUAAAAUGUUCACUUUAGAACAGGAGGUGAUAGCCAGUUGAGAUAGCUUUACCCUACAUUCAGUUCAUUGUUAAUUGAUGUCUCAUUCAUGCUUAACGAGUGCAUUAUUGUGGACCCUUAAAAUAAAGUGUUACCAAAUAAUCAAAUUCUGCUGUGUUGGGUCUUAAUAUUUGCAUGAUCUUGCUCAUAGUCUUUACAAAACCAAUAACAUUAGUGUUAAGGAAUGUUUACUCAUUUUGAAUUGUUUUGUACACACAAAUGCAACUAUAUGUGUUUUUAAUUUGUGAAUAUAAACUUAUUGUGAAAAAGUAAUGGAAACUUUCACAAUCUACAUAAAAUGUAAGUCUCAAUCCCACUUUUAGCCAAGUGUGAGUGAAAACUUAAUUGCAUUGAUCAAAUGUAGACAACAGUGACAAACAAUAUUGUAUAUAUUCAGUUGUCAUUAAGAAAUAGAUAGUUUCGAUUUUUGCUUGUAAUUUUUGCUAUG